AUGCCUUCUGAUGAUGAUUUCACCAUGCACCAGCGGGCAAUGGCAGCUGCAGCAGCAUCAACUGUUUUGUCUAGUGCGACCCUGUUUGGCACCUCCAUUGAGCAAAUAUCCCAGAGCAUAAACACAAACAGAAAUGUCGCCAUUCAAUUCACCAAUCGCAGUGAUGGAUACAUCUUAGCAAAUCCAAGGACUUACACCUCCAGUGGAGAAUGUCACUGUCCUCCACAACCUACCAUCAAAAAUAAUUCCCAAGAAGUGUGCUCCUUCUCCAAAACCACAAAUGCACUCCGUGGUUCUGUUGGAAUCCUGAUGUACCAAAUCCUCAAUAAUGAAACAGAACAUGUUAGUCAACAGGCCAACAAGUUGGUCAUCUUGUUUUCUGUGCCUUUUGACCGUAACUUUCACAAAAACAAGUUUUAUCUUGGCAUUUUUGAACCAAACACAAACUGUAAUAAAGCACUGUACAAGCAGAUAAAGAAAAAUAAAACUACUGAUCCAAUUACUAGAGGAAAAGGUACAGGGAGUGUCAUAACAUAUUCUAGAGAAGGAGCUCUGGUGAAGGGAACAAUGUCUGCCUUUGGUCGAUCGAUUAUUAAGAUUGAAUUGUGGGAUGAGUAA